GACUUGGUGAAGAGAUAAAUUCUUCUCACGUGGUAAGAUCCAUCCUCACUUACCGACAGCUUACCGACAACCUGCGGACAACGCACGCUUAGCCUCCAGAACGUCCAUGACAGUCCCAAAUGUUCUCUUCUAAUAAGACUCGGGACAGAAUAACCUCUGAAGAUGUUGAGAACGGUGAAGCAAGCAGACCCCUACUCGGUGACCACAAUGUCGUGUUCUCAGUUGAUGACGAUUCCGAUGAAGAGUCUCUCGCCGGUCCCUCAAAAACCGAGCAUUCUGUGAGAUUUCAGGAAGAUGUGCAGGUCAUUGGCCCCCCAUUGCGCUCUACUACCGCCAGUCGUGAGGCAGAGUAUGAACUUGACAGUGAUGAGAUCGACGACGAACCAGAGAUUACGAGUACACCGCGGGGACAUAUGAGCCCUAACAUGCCUCUCAUAGUUGGCUUGCUGGACUCUUCCCGUCGAUCUUUUGACAGUCCGUUACCGUUAAACGAUGCGAACGGACGCGUGGGCGACCUCGACCUCGAAGCAAUAGCAGCUAAACGGACCGCUGGCGGAGGAUUGUUCGAUUCCAUUGCAAAUAUGGCCAACUCUAUCUUGGGUGCAGGCAUCAUCGGCUUGCCAUAUGCUAUUAGCCAAGCCGGAUUUUUCAUGGGCUUUCUACUUCUAGUGGUUCUAUGUGGGGUUACGGAUUGGACCAUUAAUUUAAUAGUCAUCAACGCCAAACUGAGCGGCAGUCAUACCUACAUUGAGAUCAUGAAUCAUUGCUUUGGAUCCAGUGGUCGUGCAGCCGUAUCAUUCUUUCAGUUCUCUUUUGCUUUCGGAGGAAUGUGCGCUUUCGGUAUAAUCAUCGGCGACACAAUACCUCAUGUCAUUCGUUCCAUAUUUCCAACCCUAUACAAGAUACCUGUACUCGGACUUCUAACCAACAGACAGUUCGUGAUUUUUCUAUGUACGACCUGCGUAUCAUACCCGCUAUCUUUGUAUCGCGACAUCCACAAACUUUCUCGCGCUUCGGGGCUUGCUUUGAUUAGCAUGGUCAUCAUCGUUGCGUCAGUACUUGUGGAGGGACCUGGUGUUCCCUCGAUACUCAAAGGUGACCCGUCAAUGAGAUUCUCCUUUGUGAAUGCAGGAAUAUUCCAGGCGAUUGGUGUGAUAAGUUUUGCGUUUGUCUGUCAUCACAAUUCUCUUCUCAUAUAUGGAAGCUUAAGGACACCAACACUGGACCGUUUCGCCCAGGUCACGCAUGUAUCUACAUUUAUUUCUUUGGUGUCUUGCUGUACACUAGCAGUAUCCGGGUAUGUCGUAUUCACAGACAAAACGCAAGGGAACAUCUUGAAUAAUUUUCCUUCCAAUAACACAAUGAUCAACGUGGCCCGUUUUUGCUUCGGGUUGAACAUGUUCACGACCUUACCACUUGAACUGUUUGUCUGCAGAGAGGUCAUCGAAGACUACUUUUUCCCACACGAAGACUUCAAUCCACAGAGACAUCUAUUUUUUACUACCACUAUCCUCUUCUCUUCAAUGACCCUUGCCAUGAUAACUUGCGAUCUUGGGGUCAUGCUGGAAAUUACAGGCGGAGUUUCCGCCACCGCUCUUGCGUUCAUCUUCCCCGCUGCAUGUUAUCUGAAGCUGUCGAAUCAGUCCCUACCUUGGUAUAGCCGUAAUAGAUUACCAGCAUUCCUCUGCGUAACCUUUGGGGUCAUUGUCAUGACACUUUCCUUGUUUCUUGCUCUUAAAAAAUCUUGGACAAAGGAAGGAGAAGCCACAAUAUUUACUUACUUACUAGAAGCUCACCUUCGACACCUUCAAUUAAGUCUGGGUUACCUCUCGCAAUCCCUUGAUUUUAUCUAUAAUCUCUAACCGAGCUCCCUUCGCCAUACUUUCUACUGCAGAAAGGGGGGAAACGUGCAGUUCUGUAUAAUUACUCCAAACGUGUUCGAUGCGCUCGCGAGGCCACUGAUCAGGUCUACAUUGUUCUGGUUCACACAUCAGCAACCAUACGGCAUCGUACCCUCCCGCUAUCACCCAAGAAAAGGUAGAGAUAAAUUUAGAAAGGGUGGUAAAUGAAGAUGUAAACGAAGACCAACCGCCUGGAACACCCCCUCCUAUCACCCCUGCUUGGAAACAACACUUGUCUAAUAGUUUGGUCUGUUCAGGAGGUUCGAUUGGAGCACCAGCGAGUUCUCCCAUCUCUCUCAUGCUUCGUCGAAUUUCCUGAUUAAUAUUAAGUUACCGAGUAACCUCGAAAAAAGAGCAAAGACAUUACCAGUGUUAUUUUGUGAGCUUGA